UAAAUAGAAAAAAAAAGAAGUAGCUUUGCUUUACCCAAUCCCCCAUAUCACUCAGGUGAGGUAAACACUCACCGUUUGUUCCGGUCAACCAGAUCUCCAUCGGUAUAUUCAAAAUCAUUCUCAAUUCUUCUUCUAUUGCCUUUUACGAUCCAGCUCUGCAUUCCUGUCGGCUUUUACGAAAAGUUAUCGGCGACGGCAACAUGACAUCGACGGCCGAUGAAUUCUCUAAGCUUAACAUUACUGCCGAUUCGGAUUCCAUUCCUCCCAAUUUACACAAAAACCUAUCUCAUCUCUCCUCUCAACAGGUAGAAUUGGCGAAAGUGUUGAUAGAGAUGGGGCAAACUCACUUGUUUCAGCAUUGGGCGGAACCUGGAGUUGAUGAUGAUGAGAAGCGAGCUUUCUUUGAUCAGAUUGCUAAACUUAAUUCAAGUUACCCUGGGGGGUUGGCAGCAUACAUUAACACUGCUAGGAAGCUUUUAGCUGAUUCAAAGGCUGGAAAAAACCCGUAUGAUGGUUUUACACCUUCGGUUCCAUCUGGAGAGGUUCUGAAAUAUGGUGAUGAUAAUUUUGUUCAAUUUGAGGAGGCUGGCAUCAAAGACGCACGGAAGGCUGCAUUUGUGCUUGUUGCUGGAGGCCUCGGAGAGCGUCUUGGGUACAAUGGGAUAAAGGUGGCCCUUCCUAGAGAAACAACUACAGGGACAUGCUUCUUACAACAUUAUAUCGAAUCUAUUCUUGCUUUGCAAGAAGCCAGUUGCAGCCUUGCCGGAGGCGACUGCCGAGCAGAGAUUCCUCUGGCUAUUAUGACAUCAGAUGACACACAUUUACGUACUCUGGAGCUCUUAGAGAAAAAUUCUUAUUUUGGAAUGAAACCCACACAAGUGAAACUGCUUAAGCAGGAAAAAGUUGCUUGUUUAGAUGAUAAUGAAGCACACCUUGCUUUGGAUCCCCGUAAUAAAUAUAGAAUUCAGACAAAACCUCAUGGCCAUGGUGACGUCCAUUCACUUCUUUACUCAAGUGGCCUUCUUAAAAUUUGGCAUGAUGCAGGCUUAAGAUGGGUCCUUUUUUUCCAGGACACCAACGGUCUACUUUUCAAGGCAAUUCCCGCAGCACUAGGCGUCAGUACAACAAAACAAUACCAUGUCAAUUCUCUCGCUGUUCCUCGGAAAGCAAAAGAAGCCAUUGGUGGCAUUACCAAGCUUACUCAUCAAGAUGGGCGAACGAUGGUGAUUAAUGUGGAAUAUAACCAGCUUGAUCCAUUGCUUAGAGCAUCUGGAUAUCCUGAUGGCGAUGUCAAUUCUGAAACAGGCUAUUCACCUUUUCCUGGAAAUAUAAAUCAAUUGAUCUUUGAAAUUGGCCCAUACCUUGAAGAGCUCACAAGAACAGGAGGUGCGAUCUCGGAGUUUGUUAACCCUAAGUACAAAGAUGCUACCAAAACUACUUUUAAGUCCUCAACUCGUCUUGAAUGCAUGAUGCAAGAUUAUCCUAAAACGCUACCUCCCACAGCUAGAGUUGGAUUCACUGUGAUGGAUGCUUGGCUUGCUUAUGCACCCGUGAAAAACAACCCAGAAGAUGCUGCCAAGGCUGGUGUUAAGGUAGAUGAUCCGGUUAUCCAAGUAUUUAAUGGGCAGGAGGUAGAGGUAUGGUCUCGAGUUGUAUGGAAGCCGAAAUGGGCGCUUACUUUCUCAGAAGUAAAACGUAAAGUGAGUGGAAACUGCUCUAUUUCACAAAGGUCUACAAUGGCGAUCAAGGGGAGUAAUAUUGCCCUUGAGGAUCUUUCCCUGGAUGGAGCUCUCAUUGUAGAGGCUGUUGAUGGUGCCGAGGUUAAAGUGGGAGGUCCCGUGCAGAACAAGGGUUGGACAAUUGAAAAUGUCGACUAUAAGGAUACUUCAAUACCAGAAGAAAUAAGAAUCAGGGGUUUCAAAUUCAACAAGGUAGAGCAGUUGGAGAAAACAUAUACCGAGCCCGGUAAAUAUUCUUUGAAGCCAUAAGAUUGACACAUUCCAUACUCAGUUGGAAGAUUUUGAGCUCAAGCUCUGAAAGCUUGGCUAAACUGUUGAUAUUUAUAGCAGAUUUUGUUGCUUAGUUUAUGUUUCAGUCUUCUUGUAACAUUGUGACAUAGGUGAUGUCUGUUCUUUCCCCUCCAAUCAUUUGUAACUUAGUUAAUGGUUGAAACAUUUAGAAACAGAAUAAGGUCAUUGGUUGGUAUUUAUUUAGUAAUAAGGUCUUUUCGAAGUCUUGGCGAUUGGCUAAUGA